AUGUUCCUUCAUCAGGCAUACUACAGUUUGGAUUUCCAUCUGAACAAACAAAAUUAUCGCAACUGGGGCAGAGAACGGCCAGAGAUCACUGUUGUUCGAAGCCUCCAACCGAAAAAAUUUCUUGUGUGGUGUGCAAUAUCCUCACAUGGUGUGUUUGGCCCUGUUUUCAUCGAUGGAACUCUAAGCGCGGCGAAGUAUAGAAAGUUACUGGACGAGGAGUUCAUCCCUUCUCUUCAUGGUAAUGACUUGGUCCAAGAUCAUUGGUUUAUGCAUGAUAGAGCAAGACCACAUCGUACCGUGGAUGUUUUCGAGAUGCUCAAUGAGCAUUUUAGCGAUCGAAUUAUUGGGUUAGAUUACCCAUCGCACUUCCAAGGUGGUAUCGAAUGGCCCCCAUAUUCACCAGAUCUGAACCCCUGCGAUUACUACCUAUGGGGUUAUUUGAAGAGCAAGGUGUGGCAGACAAGUCCUACGAACUUUCCAGAACUGAAAAUCGCCAUUACAACUGUUGUCGAGACGAUUGACAGUGAGGCCUACUCACGAGUAAUGGUUGAAUUCCAGAACCACCUAACUGCUGUCCUUGUUAAAGAUGGCGGUCACUUCGAACCUCUAUAUCAUUAA